UUCUAAUAACAGAAUAUUGCCCUCAAUCAUUCUGAGACUGUUUUCUCUUCUGAGGUCUCUUAGUGCUUUCAUUUAUCAUUGGUUUGACUCUGUGAGCGUUUUGGCAUUUGCUGGGCUGCGUCUGCAGCAGCAGGCUUUCAAGAUACAGGCUGCUACUUAGCCAGAAAGAUUGAGGAAUUCUAGCUAAACAUACCAAACAUGGAUUUCUAGUUUUCAGCUGUUUAAAAGUCAAUCAGAUAUGCCAACAGGCAUCUUAUUAUCCUUAUUAUCACGAUCAGUUAGUAAAAAGGACCGUAAAGGAAAUGAAUGAGCUUUUCACUUCAGAUAAAUGAAAUUGCUGUGAUUUGAAAGGAUUUUGGUUUGUUUUUGUUUUUGCAGUGGAAGGUAAAAUGCCCGUGUUUGUUCUUAUUCAGAAGAGCCUGCUCUGUGCUAGUGGAAAAAGAAUUAAAGUUUCUUUAUCAGGAAAGGGUAAUUGUUAUGUAUUUGAACUUUCGUCUUAUGUGUUCCAUACAUCUAGCAAGGUCAUAACACAUUUUAGAAAAGUCAAAUAGCAUCAGUAAACUGUCUAUUGACAGCCCAAAUGUCUCACACAGGAACAAGUUAUGGGGCCCUUUUAGGGGACUGGCAGAUCUGAAAGACAAAUUACAGCUCCGGAAUGUAUUCAGAUGACUUUUUGAAACAAAUAUUUUAAUUGAAGUUGGGGUGGAGAAAUAGUUGCACUUCUGUAGUUAAAUGUUCAACUUCCUUAGCCUGUUAUCUAUAAAUAUCACAGAUGAAAAAGCCCGUAGAACUCUUUUGCAGAAAAUUAAGUCACCAUACAUAUUCAUCUGUAUGCAUGUGUGUAUAUGUGCCUGAUUCCCAUCCUCACCUCCCACUAAUACGUCAGUAAUUGGGCUGUUUGUUUCAAAAGAUUGGGUUGUUUGGAUUAUGUUUAAUCUAUUGCUCUAAACUGCAUUAGCAGCAACGCCCCUUAUACUGAAGGUUUGGAACAAACCUCAUCUUCUCUUCCUGAAAAGAGGGGAAAAAAGCAGUUGAUCUGUGUUCUGAAGGUCUCUUUCUCUAUGUGUCUCCCCUCCCCCCAGAGACGAACAGCAAGGAGGAGGAGCUCACUCACUGUUCUAACCACACUUCAUAGGUCUUAACUUGAGCGCCUGUUGGUUUCCUGUCAGCAGUAAUUCAACUCUGUGCCAUCUUGACUUGCUUGAAGGGUGGAUAAAUUGGUAACUGCACUGAGGAGGGGAGUGAGUUCUCACAGUCUGAGCAUAAGGCACGAGACUGAAUUUAUGAAAGCUUUGGUAGCCUCUGAAGACAACAUCUUCUGUGACUUUGAAUUUUUUCAUUGUAUUUGUGGGCUGCUGUUUCUGAGAAGAAUCUGUCAUGACUCUACUGGAACCUGAGAUGUUAAUGAUGGCCGUGCAGUCCGUGCUGCAGUUGAAGCUCCAGCAGCGCCGGACUCGAGAAGAGCUGGUGAGCCAGGGGAUCAUGCCGCCUUUGAAAAGUCCAGCUGCAUUUCAUGAACAGAGAAGGAGCUUGGAGCGGGCCAGGACAGAGGACUAUCUGAAACGGAAGAUUCGUUCCCGGCCGGAGAGAUCGGAGCUGGUCAGGAUGCAUAUUUUGGAAGAGACCUCGGCCGAGCCUUCCCUCCAGGCCAAGCAGCUGAAGCUGAAGAGAGCCAGACUGGCUGAUGACCUCAACGAGAAGAUUGCACAGAGGCCGGGCCCCAUGGAGCUGGUUGAGAAGAACAUUCUGCCUGUGGAGUCCAGCUUGAAAGAAGCCAUCAUUGUGGGCCAGGUGAACUACCCGAAAGUAGCGGACAGCUCUUCCUUUGAUGAGGACAGCAGUGACGCCUUAUCCCCUGAGCAGCCUGCCAGCCAUGAAUCCCAGGGCUCGGUGCCGUCACCCUUGGAAGCCCGAGUCAGUGAGCCACUGCCUAGUGCCACCUCUGUAUCCCCCACUCAGGUUGUGUCUCAACUCCCAUUGGGCCCGGAUUCCGGAGAAACACUUUUCCUGGCCGAGCAGCCUCCUCUGCCUCCCAGCCUCACCAACGGAACCACAGCCCCAGUGGCCAAGCCCACUCCGACGCUCAUUAAGCAAAGCCAACCCAAGUCUGCCAGUGAGAAGUCACAGCGCAGCAAGAAAGCCAAGGAGCUGAAGCCAAAGGUGAAGAAGCUCAAGUAUCACCAGUACAUCCCCCCGGACCAAAAGCAGGACAAGGGGGCGCCUCCCAUGGACUCCUCCUACGCCAAGAUCCUGCAGCAGCAGCAGCUCUUCCUCCAGCUGCAGAUCCUCAACCAGCAGCAGCAGCAGCACUAUAACUACCAGACCAUCCUGCCUGCCCCGCCGAAGCCCGCAGGCGAGGCCCCGGGGAGCGGUGGGGCCCCCCCGACACGCAGCCUCUCCACGACCAGCAGUGGCUCCAGCUCGGGCGCUCCCGGGCCCAGUGGGCUGGCGCGUCAGAACAGCACCCCGCUGACUGGCAAGCCGGGAGCCCUGCCUGCCAACCUGGAUGACAUGAAGGUGGCAGAGCUGAAGCAGGAGCUAAAGCUGCGGUCACUGCCCGUCUCAGGCACCAAGACAGACCUGAUCGAGCGUCUACGUGCAUACCAAGAACAAGUCAGCCCUGCCCCAGGAGCCCCCAAGGGCCCUGCUGCCCCCUCCAUCCUGCCCAAGGCUGGGGAGGUAGUGGUCGCCUUCCCGGCUGCCCGACUAAGCACGGGGCCUGCCCUGGUGGCAGCAGGCCUGGCCCCAGCUGAGGUGGUGGUGGCCACGGUGACCAGUAACGGAGUGGUGAAAUUUGGCAGCACAGGCUCCACACCCCCCGUGUCUCCCACCCCCUCAGAGCGUUCACUGCUCAGCACAGGCGAUGAGAACUCCACACCCGGGGACACCUUUGGCGAGAUGGUGACAUCGCCACUGACCCAGCUCACCCUGCAGGCCUCGCCAUUACAGAUCCUUGUGAAGGAGGAGGGCCCCCGGGCCGGGUCCUGCUGCCUGAGCCCUGGGGUACGGGCUGAGCUUGAGGGGCGUGACAAGGACCAGAUGCUGCAGGAAAAGGACAAGCAAAUUGAAGAGCUGACCCGCAUGCUGCGCCAGAAACAGCAGCUCGUGGAGUGGCUGAGGUUGCAGCUGGAGCAAGAGAAGCGGGCCCAGCAGCCGGCCCCGGCCCCCCUUGGCACCCCAGUCAAGCAGGAAAACAGCUUCUCCAGCUGCCAGCUGAGCCGGCAGCCCACAGGUUCUGCUCACCCCUUCAGCCCCAGCCUGGCGGCCCCCACUGCCCACCAUGCAGACACUCGUCCCCUGGUGCCCCCGGCCGUGGUAGUGAAGCAGGAAGCUGCGCUGCCGGAGCCUGAGCCAGCCCCUGCUCCCCAGCUGCUUCUGGGCCCCCAGGGCCCCAGCCUCAUCAAGGGGGUCACGCCUCCCACCCUCAUCACUGACUCCACAGGGACCCACCUUGUCCUCACCGUGACCAAUAAGAAUGCAGACAGCCCCAGCCUGGCCAGCAGGAGCCCCGAGCAGCCCUUGUCCCAGCCUGGUUCUCCAGCCCCUGGCCCACCAGCCCAGAUGGACCUAGAGCACCCAUCACAGCCCCUCUUUGGGACCCCUACUUCUCUGCUGAAGAAGGAGCCGCCUGGCUAUGAGGAAGCCGUGAGCCAGCAGCCCAGACAGCAGGUGAAGAAGGAGAAUGGUUCCUCCAGCCAGCAGAUGGAUGACCUGUUUGACAUUCUUAUUCAGAGUGGAGAAAUUUCAGCAGAUUUCAAGGAGCCACCACCUUCCUUACCAGAGAAAGAGAAGCCCCCCUCGAUGGCAACUUGCGGGUCACCCCUGGCCACGCCGUCCCCCCCCUCUGCUGAGCUCCCCCAGGUGCCGCCGCCUCCCUCGGGCUCUCCUGUCCUCCCUGGGCGCCUAGAGGACUUCCUGGAGAGCAGCACGGGACUGCCCCUGCUGACGGGCGGGCAUGAGGGGCCAGAACCCCUCUCCCUCAUCGACGACCUCCACAGCCAGAUGCUGAGCAGCUCUGCCAUCCUGGACCACCCCCCCUCACCCAUGGACACCUCGGAAUUGCACUUUGCACCUGAGCCCAGCGGUGUAGGCCUGGACCUGGCUGAUGGCCACCUGGACAGCAUGGACUGGCUGGAGCUGUCAUCGGGCGGCCCCGUGCUCAGCCUGGCCCCGCUCAGCACCACUGCACCCAGCCUCUUCUCCACGGACUUCCUCGACGGUCACGACUUGCAACUCCACUGGGAUUCCUGCUUGUAGCUCUCAGGCUGCAGGGACGGGACAGGAGGGGCUGGAAGCCGGGGAGCCUUGGUAACUCCUGGGAGCUCCGCGUGCUCGGCCUGAUCCCACCUCCAUGUGGUCAUGAGUCCUGACAAUCACAGGCCCUGCUUGCCCCUCCCUGGGAGGCUGGAGCAGGCCAUGCUGCCACCUGGCUCAGGCUCACCAAGGAGAGAAGCCGCCCAGGAGCAGCUUUGGUCUCAGCCUAGAGUUCAGGAGGCCUGGACAGGCCAGGGCCAUUCUAUUGACCUCCUUUUGUGAGGUCGGAGGUGCAGUCUGGCUGCAGUUUGCUCAGGCAGGCGAGGCCCAGGGCGGAUCUCCUUCCUUCUCUCCCCCUCGCCGCGCCCCCCCCCCCCGCUCCUCCCCCCCCCCCCCCCCCCCCCGCGAGGGAAGAAACUAGCUGGGCCUCUACCUCCCUGUUCCCCGUGAUGCCAACCCCAGGGUCCCAGGCUUCCUGGGAGAGGAGUCCCUUGCCAUUUUAGUGUCUUGGUGUUGUGUAACCCUUUAGUGGCUGGUGGCAAACGGUUUCUGUACAGGUGUAUAUAUCUCUAUAUCUAUAUUGCCAUACAUAUGUAUACAUCGAUUUUGGGGGGCUGGGAGGUGGAUUUGCGCUCCCUCCCAUUCUGUGCACAAUGUAGAAGGGCCUGGAGACCACCGCUCCUGGGGUUGGAUGCAGCUCACCUCGGCCCCAUCACGCGUGUUUGACAUGUAGACACCCUGCCACAGCCUGUGCCCUGCUCCGACUAGUGCCACGAGGGCAGAGGUGCUUCCCGGCCACACCCACCCCCCCACAUUCCGUCCCGCUGCCUCACUGCAGCCGCGGUGGCCCUGGGACAGGAGGGGUGUCAGCCCUCAAGCUGUGGCCACCUCUUGCCCUGGGGCCCAGCCUCCCUUCUGGCCUGUCACUGUUGUUAACGGGAUUAGGGAUGGAGUCACCAAACCAGUGCUGGGACAGAGGUCGGGAAGCUGUGUGGACUUUUUAAAAUAAAAACUAAAACACUGA